AAUGCACCUACAAUCUGCAAAGGGAAAAAAAAAAAAUCAAUAAUAAAAUAUAUUGCUCGCAUGUUGGAGAAGAGAAGGAGGAGGUGAGGGUGUUGCAAAAGAGGGGGUACCGGAGAGGCGGGGUGUGCCCCCGCCUUGAUGACGCUCGCCACAUCGGGAGACAUUUGGCCAGCCGAGCCAUCCAUGCAGCCUCCUCCUCCGACCGUGGCGGAAAUCCGAUGCCGGAGCGCGUGAAGAUGCUCAGGGGGACGGCGUGACGUACGGCCGGAGGACAAACGCACUUUCCCCUCUCUUGGCAUCUGUUGAUCCGAUUUGGUUUGGACGCCGCCGCGCUGCGCGUUACGAUGAGCGAUGUGAUUUACAGGCCCUGACGCCACGCGUGUGCAGUCCUGCGGUACUUGAACGCACCAUUUCCUCAACACAUCGAGCAACCCCGCACGGAGGCGGCUCAGGCCGGCUUACCUGGAGCCCACUUGUUGGCCCUCCACCCUGCUGCACCGUGUGUGCGUGUGCUAUUUCCAGGACACUUUAUUAGGUGAAAUUCGAGGAGAGUGACAUGAUUCCAAAGUCAGGAAAAUCUCCGGCGGACUCGCGAAAAAGUGUGGGCAUCCAUGAGUUUGCAGCGCUUGCCAGAUCAUCCCUGAACGGCAUCUCUCAGGCAGUGAGGGACCAUGUGACCAAGCCCACCUCCCUGGCCCAAGGCCGCGUGGCCCACCUCAUCGAGUGGAAAGGGUGGCCCAAACCUGCGGACCCCCCACAGGCCGCCCACUUAAGCUCCUAUUGCCACUUGAGCGAGGGCGAGAAGGAGGCCCGCUUCGCUGCAGGCGUGGCAGAACAGUUUGCCAUCGCUGAGGCCAAGCUGCGAGCGUGGGCGUCAGUGGACGAGGACGACGUGGACGAGGAAGAGGAAGACUCUAACGACGAGGACGCCAAAGCGGGCUCUCACGCCGACGUCACACCUCAGAGCACACCAGACGCCGCCCCAUCCGAGCUUAAAUCCGGAGCUCUGGUCCGGUCUGAACGGAUUACCGAAGAGGGCGGCGGCAGCGAGGUGUGCGUCCACCACAAACCCGAGGGGAGGCCCAGUCGUUUCGAUUCCUGCUACUCUACCUCGCACUCGGAAUCUCCCGGAGAGGAGGAAGAGGAGGAAGAGGAGGAAGAGGAUGAGGUUUUCCACGAAGCUCGGGUGUGGAGCUCCAGCGGCUUGCCGUUCGACCGGGCCUCCUCCGGGGUGGCGUCCCUGGAUGAGGAAGACCAAGAGAACCAGGACGAAGGAGGAGGGAAGAAGGAAGAUAAGGAGUAUUUGAUGUGAUGUGUCGUCCAUGUCUUUGAUUGUGGAGAUGACGUCAUCUGUUUAGCUUUGCCUUGUGUCCUUCUUCUUCUUCUUCUUCUUCUUCUUCAUCUCUGUCUCCCAUCUAUUGUCAGGCCAAAAGCACCACUGGAGAAUUGCGAGCGGAAUGUAACUGUCAGUUUUGUACAUUUUAUGGUGUCAAGUGUUGCUAUGGCAUUGUUUUUUCUAUGGAAUAUUUUGUAGUGUUGUAUUUUGUCAGGGUUAAUGCUGUGUCACGUGGAUGUUGAUACUGAAUGUCCUUGCACACUUCAAAAUAUAAGGUGAUUUGUUUUCUGGGGGGAGCACACGA